CAACCACUUAGCUCAGACCAAAUUGAAAAAAAUAUAAGUGAAUUAAAAAGAAAACUCUGCCAAGAAACUACGGCCCUUUAUCAACGCUUAUAUUCUGAUAUAAAUAAAAUUCCAAUUCAAGAAUUAACCUGGAAAAACCCCCUAGCCAACCAGAUCAUUAAAGAUGAUUCAAAUAUUAUUCAAAAACUACGAACAAAUUUAAAAAAAGCAUUUAUGAAACCAGUAAGGUUAAUGAAACCUAGACCUAUAUCAAAAGUCGAAAAUAUAUGUGGGGAGUUUAUAUCAAAUUUUAUACCUGAAAACUC